UUAUUCGUGAGCUCUUCUUUACAUCUACUUUUGAUAGUUAACUUAGUAAGUGGCAUGACCCUUCUUCAAGCCUUCCAUGGUUAAUUGUUAUUUUAUACAGCUCACACUGAAAGUGUUCACGUUUUCUUGCAGGAGCAAAGAUCCAUAAGACAGGUGGUGUAACUCGUGUGAUUGAAAAGUCAGGGAAAUCCUUCACUUUGAAAGGAGAAAGUGAAGCAGGGUUGAAGAAGGAAAUCCAGGUUUAUAUGGAUCAUGCAAAUGAGGGACAUCGUAUAUGCCUUGCACUGGAAUGUGCCGUUUUGGAAGAAGAGAAAAGGAGUGGCAGUGCUCCAUUUUUUCCAAUAAUUGUUGGAAGACCUGGUAAUAGUGAAUCACCACAGGCUGUAGCACCUCCACUGUUGGACAAGACAAACUACCCAAAAGAAGUUGUGGCAUUGGAUCGAAAUAAAGCUGCCAGUUCUACUCCAGUUCAGACUCCAAACUGUGCUCCUGUGGUGUCUUAUGAAAAGCCUACGUUUCUGACUAACACUGUUGAAAAGACGUGCUCCUCUGUUCAUCUAACGGAAUGCAGUCCAAAUUCAGCCCAACUUGUCAAAUCUGUUUUUGUGAAAAAUGUUGGUUGGGCUUCUCAGGUGAGAAAUUAAUCAAGGGGGCAUGUCCAUUCAUUUUUCCUACUAAUUUGAGAUGUGUACUUUCACAUCAAAGUCAUUACCUUUACAUUAACUUUAAAUUGGAUUUGUGAGGAAUCAUUCAGUUGUUCACUAGUUUGUCUAAAAUUUGUAUGUGGAAAGAUACUUUAAAGUAUCUUAGAUAAAAACCAUGGUUCUUAUGUAACUAGAAGAAACCAAAAUAAUAGUUCAGUAUCUCAGUUACCACAGUUUUCCUGUGGCUAUUAUUGUCUAUUUCAGUGUCCUUUGUCAUUUGACUAGUAAAAAAUUGAAACUGUUUAACUUCUCUUUUCAUUAAUAUAGAUGCAAAGGUGUCAUGACAAAGUU